AUGCCGCCAAGGGUGUCUAUUGCAGCGGAUGUAGAACCAUACCACAGUCUGCAUGCAAUAUCAGAAGGAGACCCUGACUUUGGGAUUCAUUCCGAUAACGACCUGAAUGGUACAGGCAAUGUCAUUGUCUCCAGACCAAUGGCAAAAUGGUACCAAGCAUCUGAUGCCCCUUUGCAGGAGUGGGCCGGAUGCGGAGAUCGGUCUGGUUUUCAUCAGGAGUAUCUACUCGAAGACCUCCGCCUCGAGAGCCAUGGGGAAGCUGACUCAGCUUCUCCAUGUCUGUGCGGAGAAUUAGAUGAGGACGGUAAAAAAAAAGAAGGUGUUUACCACUGUGAAGAUUGUUUUGGUUUGGUGCUUCUUUGCAGAGAGUGCUGCAUAGCACAGCACCAGCAGCUACCGCUUCAUAUAAUCAAGAUGUGGAAUGGCCAGUUCUUCCAGUGGACAACAUUGAAGGAAUUGGGUUUGGUAGUGCGGUUAGGACAUAGUGAUUGUAUCUGCCCUGAGCGUGGGCAUGUACACUUUCUUGUCAUACAUGUCAAUGGUGUCCAUCACGUCAACGUGACUUUUUGCGGCUGUGAAUGUCGUAUUUCUCACUGGCAACAACUUCUUCAAUCUGAUUGGUACCCAUCAACUGUUUAUCAACCACAAACUGCAUGCACAAGGCGUGUGCUAGAGCACUUCCACGUUCUUAUGUUGUCCAGCAAGGUGUCUGCACUCGAGUAUUACAAAACUUUAGAACAUCUCACAGAUAAUACAGGUAUUGAGACACCCAAGGCGAGUCUUCUCCUAGCAAUCCCUACCUCACUUUCACUAACAUUCUGCGACAUUCUGAAGAGAUUCAGUAAUCUCGAGGAUGGAAAUGUAACGCCUUGUGCUGGUGACCUUGCACUUAUAUGUCCCACCUGCCCACACCCUGGUAUCAAUUUACCAGACAACUGGGAGAGCGUUGAUCCGUCUAUGCGGUUUCUGUAUUUCCUCAUCUUAGCCAUGGAUGCGAAUUUUAGACUCAAAAAUCAUUUAUGCUCAUCCGAUACUGCUGAUCCCGGUCUUCACACUGGACUGGCUUAUUGCGUCCCAAAUGAAGAGUACAAGAGUCACAUAUUGAAGCACGUGAGUCAGAAAGACAUCAGUUCGUGCAGCGGAUUCAAAUCGUUGGCUCAUGCGGAAACAAAAUUUUCGAACAGUCUUCGAGCAACAGGCAUGGGCCUUUGCAUUUGUGCUCGUCACGAGUUUGUUUGUCCUAACGGUGCGGGUGAUUUACAAAAGGGUGAAUGCCUCGCCCCCCUCCUUGUGCUCACUGUCAUCAUCUCUUACAAUAUCGCCUGUCAAUGGAAGUUAAACUUGUUGAAGAGGAUGGCAGCAAUACCUGAACAUCUCCAAGUGCCAUUGACUACCGCGAUGUUAGCGUUUAUUUUUGGCAUUCCUAAAUUUCAUUGUCCUGCGCACGACAUCAAGUGCGCUACUCCUCAUUCUCUCAACUUAAUUCCCGGUGUCAGCCGUAUGGAUCAUGGUGAAGGCAUAGAGCGUAAUUGGUCAGAGAUGAAUCGUGUGGCCAACAGCAUGAAGGAGAUGGGCCCGGGCUCACAACAUGACACACUGGCACUUGAUGACCACUUUGGCCAUCAUAAUUGGCGCAAAUAUGUCAGUCUAGGUAAUUAA